AUGAGCUUCUCCAACUACGUCCUCGGCCAGGCUCCACCAGCAAGAACCAAGUCAAUCAAAAAGCCAGCAGCUUCUGCAUCGCGGCCGUCAUCGAGACCAGUUUCCCGAGACGUAGAUGAUGAGGCAGCCCUGCCGACUCCUCCUCCGGAAGAAAAGCGGGCAAAGAAGGCAGAGCUCUCGGAUAAGGCAGCCAAAUUGAUGGGCUUCAAGCCGCGGCAAGAACGCACGUCAGCGUCAGCACAGAGACGGAAAGCAGGUCCUCGAGAUCCAUACGCGAUUGAUGAUAGCGAUGAUCUUGUCAUGGUCGACAUGGACGACGCUGGUGGGCAAUCUGCCAAAGAUGGAUCGAGAGGGUCCAAGCCCUCAAAGCGCAAGUCGAAGAGAGGGGACGAUGAAGAUGGUGUUAUCGUUGAUGCGGAGCAAACACAGAACGGUCCAGAGGUCCACUCGGGACCGGACGACCUCGCGAUCGUCGAUGGUCCUCUCCGAGAGCGCCGUCUCAAGCGUUCCAAUACGGCGCCCAAGAAGCCGGAGCCCGGUAAACUGAUGGGACUUUUUGGCUCGCUGAGAAAGACCGCUCCUCGCCAAGAGAAUCUGCCAGAGCGCCGCAAAUCCCGCUCCUAUCGCGGCGGCGACGAUACCGAGCGUGAAGACGCACGACGCGCACGGCGCGAGGACCGGCGCAAGAGAUCCGUCAAACCAGACACCGACGGCGAAGGAUUCACGACGGACGCCGCGCCUGGAGUUGGGGGUGCCGACACCGAGGCCGAAGACGCGGAAGCAAGACGAGCCGCGCGCAAAGCUCGGCGCGUGUCUCGACAGGUCUCCGACGCUCGGGACCCCGAUGUAGAGGAACGGCGUGCGAAACGCAAGGAGAAGGAGCGAGCGCGCGAGGCCCGUGAGCAGAAGGCUCGCGAGGACGAAGAAGAGCGGCGCCGUGAAGAGAAGCGAGCUCGUCGUGCAGCUCGCGAAGAGCGCCGUGCCAAGGAAGAACAGGCAGCGCGCGAGGCCGAAGCCAUGGCCGCAGAGCGGCGUGAGCGCCGUCGCAUGCGCGAAGAUGAGGUGGCUGCUAAGACCCGUCGCCGUCGCUCGCGGGUUGAGGAAAAGCCUCCAGCAGAGGAUCAGUCGCCCGAUGAGCCGGAGGUCGAACGCCGUGCUCCACGAGUCUCCCGCGCAGUAGACGAGUCCAAAUCCCGUCGUCGCAAGUCCAAAGCCAUCCCGGACACGGCGCCGCCUCCCCAAAUGUCCGGCGGUCUCAACCACGGCGUUCCAAAGAAAGACAAGAUUUCGUCGUGGGUCAAAUCGCAAGCCGACGAACCGCCCGAGCCACCUCCAAUCAUGCCAACCGUGGUCGACAUGCUCCCGCAAGCAGCGGCGGCCGCAGAAGGAAACGAACGCUCCCUAUCCUCAGACGAAGAAGCCCGGCGCGCUCUGCGCCGCAAGGCCGCCGCCGUACCUCCCGGUACGGUGGAGAUGAGGACGUUGAUGACCCGCGCGCUGCUCGUCGGAGGGAUCCCCGUCGCGAGGGCGUGA